AUGCCUGUCGGAACGGUUCCUGUGGUGGGCCGCACGUAUAGCGUGCUCUGUCCCAUAUGCAGCAACACCGUCAACUUCGAUUGCAUUAGCACGGCCGUGUACGGCAUUCAGUGCCAUGUUUGCCGCUCUCUGAUUGACCUGCGUGACCCGUCGGUGCCGCUGCCUCCGAACGACCCCUGUGUACUCGCGGACCAAGGUGAAGGCGACGUCUGCUUCUCCCCCGAGGUGGAGGAGUCGGGUGGGUGCUCCGCCACAACGCAGCUCUACAUGGUGGUCGCCGGUGUUGUGGAGCAGCAACAGAAAGAAAUGCCUACUAAAAUGAGCGGGGAAACAAUGCAGGCCUUCUCAGCACGCCGCAUACAAGCUCUUUCUGAGAGGUUUUCCUUUCUCUACCCAUUGGUACACGCGAUAGAGUACAUUAUCUUUGGAACCAACCCGGUUGCGAAAAUAGGCAACGUGCGAAUUUUUCGUAAGCAGCUACCGUGCUGCCGACCUGUGAAUAUACCUGUUCCACAAACCUCCGUCUCGUAUGCCGUCGUACUCGCUCUCAUCGUGGCUCUCUACACUGUGGUUGUACUUUGCGCCCAACUACUUCACGACGAAUGGAUGUGGCGCAUGGUUUACUAUGAGGGUUUUUUUAUUCUGGUAAGCUUGAUUGCGAUGCUGCGUUGCGUGUACAUGGACCCCGGUUUCGUGCGCCCCGCGUACCUGGAAGGCAAUGACAACGGCACGGACGAGUUAACCCUCAAAGACAUUGAGGCAAAAAGCCGUGAGAGUCGGUGGGAAACUGUGGAGGGGCAGCCAGUGGAACGAAAAUGGUGCUCGACGUGUGAAAUUUAUCGCCCGAUGAGGGCGGCACAUUGCUACUUCUGCGGCCUGUGCGUGCAAGAGCACGACCACCACUGCUCUGUGAUUGGGGUUUGUGUGGGGCGUCGAAACGUGCGCAGUUUUAUUUUAUUCCUUUUUGCUAUCGCCCUUGUGGCGUUGUUCCCUGGAGUAUGUCUGCUGUUGGCACUGUACGACGCCGCGUCCUCCCUCACUCCGUGGUCGGUUGGAAUUUGUCUCGCAUUGUCUUCUGUUUUGCUGUUUUUGUCGGCUUCGGUGACAUUCAUUUGCGCCACUAUGCUGUAUUCCCUUACAAUCGAGCAGACAACACGAGAACGCCUGCAAGAUGUCUACACGGGCAAAAAGAACCCGUUUUCCCGUGGCGUACUGCGGAAUAUACAUUGGCACAUGUGGCAUCGCACCCCACCUUCCCUUUUUGAUGACGAAUUUGUGCACUUGUGUGCCACGCGGGUGUAG